GCAGUUUGUCCUCCAAACCGCUUGGUGGGUGGUAGCCGCGCCACUUCCGGCAACAGACCGUUGACUCUCUAGUCACCAACAGAACGGGGCAAAAGCGAUGUGAAUACUAACUAAUAUUAUUGUUAUAAGUAACUAUAAGUUUCUCCUCCAGGUAUGAACAGGAAACGGGCUCUCAUUUCAGAUACUUUCAAGGUGAAGAAAAGAAGAAAUGGCACACAGAAGUUUGGAGCUGUCAGUGAUGGAGAUGGACCGACUGACAUCAGAUCCACCCUUGAAUACCUCAUGACACUGUUCCCCAGGAAGCUCUUCAAUGACACCUUGCCUCAAAUUGUUCUUAAGCACCAGCUCUACAGCAUACACAAUGACAAGACUUUGGUGGACAAGGAGCUGAAUAAACUGCGGGAACGAGGAGAACUGCUAAUGUUCCAGCUCGGGUUUGAUGCUGACACUUUUGGGCUGGUUUUUGGUUCAGAUUACAAGGCCAAAGUGCUGGCUGGAGAGGAGGGCAGAGCGACACGAGCAACGGUGGAGAAGUUUUUGCAAAAAUUGCCCUCUCCUUGCACAGACCUGAGCUUCACCAAAGACAAGAUGCUCAGGGAGUUCCUCUUCACAGACUCUGAGAUAACGCAGCUGGUCAAGUCAGGUGUCCUCACGGUAAGGGACGCAGGCAGCUGGUGGCUUUCCAUUCCCAACUCUGGCAAAUUUACAAAGUACUUUAUACAAGGUCGUAAAGCAGUGCUUGGCAUGGUGAAGAAGUCCAAAUAUAGUGAAAUCUUAAAGGCAGAGCUAGAGGAGCGGCGAACAACCUCACAUGUGAAAUUCCACAUGAAAUACCAUAUCCAUGACAUUGUUGGUGCAGAGCUGGUAGAGAGCAUACCUACAACUUCAGGGAUAUUGUUGAGAUUUGUUGAGCCCUGAACCACGGCAACAAGAUUGAAAUCGUGCUCGAUCGAAGCCAAUGAGUGACUGUUUUUCUUUGAGGACUGUUAGUAAAUUAAUUUAAGAUUUCAGAGUUUGAUUCUGUGCCAAAUGCAUUAUAAAAACCUUGUGGGUUUAUGAAUUGUCAAUUAUGUUGACAUGACGUUCACUGUAAUAAAAUGCAUGCAUGUCAUUAUUGUACCUAUGUGCACACCAUGGAAGCACUUUGUUACAGCUGUUCCCUUUCUUUGAUGUUUUAACUUUGAUUUACAAUCUGUCCAGACUGUAUGAAAUAGGAUCCAGUCAGCUGUGUUGCCAGAAUUGACUGACAAGUGGCCCAAUGAGAGUCUAAAACUAAUCUAAUAUACAUUAUAUACAUAUGGCUUUCCUGAUUACAAGGAGGUGCCUCAGGUCUUUUGUUUAAUUUGUAUAAUCAGGUCUUCUUUAAAUCCAGUUAUAUUGAAAAAAGAUUUCCAGCCAGUCUUAGAUAAUGUUCCAUUAAGUGUAUUUUUUAGUGUAACAAGUAUUUACUUAUAUUAACCAAUACAAGCCUUUUCAAUGAUUGUUUUAAAUCACAUAACUGACUAUGUAGUUAUUUCAGGUCAACAAAAACAUCAACAGUAACUGAUUUUAACCUGAAGCCUCUCAAUUUGCCCAUUGCGUCUACAUGUUCCAAUAUAGUCUACGGCAGGGAUGGGCAACAUUUGUGAUAAAGAAGGCCACAAUAAAAUAUGUAUUUUUACCCACAUAGCUAGCUUUUAGAGGCAGUGAUGUUUCCCGUUUAGCAUUACUGCACGGGACUCUAUCACCGCCUCAAAACCGACGCGACACCUGUCCAUCCAUAGACUAUACAGCCUGUGGUCACUACAUACGUGGCCAUCCCAGACUGACGUCGGGUUAACUUUUUACCGCAGGCCGCUGCUUUUUUUUCCGGCUUGCCAAGUGCCAUGACCCGCCGCAGUAGGCUACUAGCUACCUGCAUUCACAAUAAAUGUAGAGACUUGCGUUUUCGCCGUACGGUCACUGCGGGGAAAUGUAGCUAAAUGCAACUGAUCGCUCACUAGCCUGCUCCUUCUUACACAAAUUUAACUCUGGUAGACUCGCUCUCUCCUCGUUUUUCAACCUGAAAU